CGAGAACGAAAUACUUUACAAUAUUUAACAGUUCCCUACUGACCUAGUUCCAUAGGUUCCUAGUUAUAUAGUCACUUAAAGUUAAUAAGUAUUAAGGUCCCAGAUGGAUCAGGAUAGCUACCGUUUAUCAACCUAUAUGGAGAAGCACACUACGAAAUAAGAAACUGGACAGUCUCAACGAUUAAACUGCAUCGAAUCUAAUUUUAAUGAUUUAAGCAGAAAAUAAAUAUAUAACGGUAAAGUAUUACACGUGUACAGUUCCAUGAACGAUAACAGUUAAGCUCACAAAAAUCGGCAAGUACCUGUUAAUUGCUCUGAUUGUCGAGCAAAUAACUCCCGUUAUUUAGAUCCUAACAGAUCUUAAGAGAUGCAGAAAACUAGACAGAAGCUCAGUGUUCAUCUCAAACAUGUUCGAGUUACUUUUGGCAGUGAUUUUUGCUGCAGCAACUAUAACAUCCGGUCAGAUUUCAAUACAGGGCCAUACCCUGGGGGAUGAUACUAUCAAUGAUAUAUCACCUCAUGCCGCUGUUUCAGAACGUCAAGGGAAGUUUUUUCCACUGUUCAGCGUGGUGCGGUUCGCUAAUUCUCAGUGUACUGGAACGAACAACUUCAAUGGGACAUGUUUCACACGAAGAGAAUGUACCAAUUAUGCUGGUACAGCAUCCGGAACUUGCGCUAAUGGACUUGGCGUUUGCUGCGUAUUCACAAGAACUUGUGGAACCUCUACAAGCGCCAAUAAUACAUAUUUCAUAAAUCCUGGCUAUCCAGCGACUUACGCCGGCGGUGAUCGAUGUACGAUCACAGUAAAUCGUUGCCACUCAAAAAUAUGUCAGUUGCGGCUUGACUUUCUGGACUUCAGUCUUGCACAACCAAAUUCAAGUGGAGUGUGCGACUUAGAUUUCUUAUUGGUUUCCGGUGGCGCGUCUACGGUACCGAGACUUUGUGGAGAAAAUACCAAUCAGCAUGUAUACGUCGACUUCAAUGGAGCCACUCCUAUUACAAUAUCCAUAGAUACUAAUACCAAUUUUGCAUUUGAUAGACGGUGGAAUAUAAGGAUACAACAAAUAGAAUGUGAUUCUCCAUGCCGUGCUCCUAAUGGGUGUCUUCAGUAUUACAAAGGUGUCUCUGAUACUGUUACAAGUUUCAAUUAUGGUACUACAGUAAAUACUCGAGCACCUUUGAUAGGUACCAGACAAAUGGCUAAUCUAAACUAUGGCGUUUGCGUUAGAAUGGCUUUAGGAUACUGUAGUAUACAAUGGUCACAGUCUGAUACGUUAUCUUUUACGGUAUCUGGUGAUACAGGGUCGUUAGAUACGACAGUAAUAGGUAGAAAAAUUAAAUUUAUAUUCACAAUUGAUAUAAUUAUAUCAGAGUUAAAUUUUUCUUAUCGUGCUAUUCACUUUUUAGGUACUGACUUGGCCGCAGUUACGGGAACGGAUUGUACAAAGGAUUUUGUGAUAAUACCAAAUCCAUCUAUAAAUGGAACUGCUGAAAAUGUUGAUCGAUUCUGUGGAAAUGGUUUGGUUACCAAGACAUCGAGUCUUAAACCAUUCGUCCUUUAUGUUGUUACUGAUGGAGAUGAAAUUGGAGAAAUUCAAAACAGAGGUUUUAUUUUAGACUAUACACAAAUAGCUUGUGCUGUUUAAAUACGAGAAAUGAUGUUUUAUAAUAUAUUUACUAUUUAUUGUUCUAUUGAGUAUAUUUACAAAAGGGCCGUAUUCACAGACAAAUUAUAUGUAUAAUUUUCUCUGGAUACAGUUCAACUGUUAUUUUUUUUUUGUAUUCGGUAACUAGGAAAGGCAAGACUCUCAUUAAGAACAAUAUAGCAGAUAAACAUAAGAUUUGUUACAAAAUGCAUUUUGAAUACUUUUAACACUAUUUAUUUUUUAAAUUAAUAAAUGACUGUAAAUAUGGA